GUCACACGACGAAAUACUCGCAUACAGAGCACGCGCGUCCAUCUCGUUGUUAUUAGCAUUCUCCACCAAAUGGAUUCGUCUUUACGCAUCGUUCCAGCUGCUGCAUCCAAGUCUGCGUCCAUCAGCGGCACAGCAGGCAGUCUUGGCCUCCAUGAUACCCUCCGCUACGGUCCCCGAAGUAUCGCAGCAGAGACGAGAUCUAACACCGCUCUCAAGAAUAGAUUGGAAAGGUGGGAGGAAACUCAGGACAACAUGAAACUCAAUGUACAACGCAACUUGUAUGGUUUGCAUGCACCUGUGCGACUACUCAUGGAACGCAAGAUUGUCACAUCGAACGCCUACACGCCCAUCAUGCCUCAGUCCAAUCUACACCUCGACAUCCUUAUGGGCCGAGAUGAGAGUAUAGAACCCGUCGACUUCUUUGGUGGCAUGGACAAUGGACCACCCUUAGAUAUUCAUUCUGAAAUGGAAAAGAGACUGCGUCUAGCAGCUAAAUGAUCACGAGAUCGAGUGACUUGACUACGUAUAUGCCUUCGCUCAUCGAGGUAUCUACUCUGAGAUUGUCCAUUGACAACCCCAUGUUAGUAAUCUGAGUCCACGGCCUCACAUUUACACUCCCUUUGUUAGCUAUCUGAUCCUAUUAAUUACAAGACCACGAUCUUGAUCACGGAUAAGACUGACCAUGAAGAUUGAACCGUUUACGAUGUGACUAGUACCCCAUUUCCAAGUCUUACCAUAAUCCAUGUCCUAUAGGGAUACCUUCGCUCGCGAGAAUGCCUUGCUCUACCACGUUCCUUGCGCUUACCACACAACCUUCCAAUAGGGGUAUACCGUAGUAAGCAUACGAACCACAAAGCCAUAUGCCAGGUCCUCCUCCCAGACCUGCCGCCGUUGCGCCU